GCGAACAGAGUACUGGCGACUCCAUGCCUGCGACUGAUACGGCUGAGCACGAACAACAUUGGGCGACAGAUGCUGGAGUCUACCAGUCUUUGGUGAAUGCAGCUCGUCAAGGGUCGUCAGAAGACAAGGACAAUUCAGCUUUCAGCACGGGCUACUCCACGUACGAGUCACGGCAUCCCCAUGCUCAAGGCGCCGUGCUCCGGGCCAUCUUCGAUAACGAUUACAGGCUGCCCUUCAACGACAAGGUCCCGUUCUUUCACACUUCAGGCCCGCUCAAGGGUCAACCAGUUUUCAAGAGGGCGAAGAUGAAUGCGAGAAAGCAAUCAGCCACGCGGCGCUACUAUGCAAGGCUUGCAUUGGAAUUUGGUGUUGUCUGGUCGGACCGCGCUGGCGACGUGGUAUGCAUACCAGACGGUCUUGAUCCAAGUCGCUGGACUCUCUUCCAACUCGGCGCAGCCACAUUAAUGGAGGCUUGCUAUGACAUCAUCAAGACGCAUCCUCAGAACCCUCAAGUCGUGCAGAUGCUCAAGGACAUGGUGGACCGCGUUGUCAUUCUAAAUCCCAAGACUCCUCCUGACGCUCAAGUGUGGAUAGCCCUUCAGUGCAAUAGGCUGGUGAGGCUCGGCGCGGAGACAAGCUUCGUGGAGCGCUUGAACAUAACACCUGUGAUCCAUGAGAGUUGGUUGGACUCCCGCAAGAAGAGAGCUCUCAGAGGAGGAGGGGACCCUGCAAGCAAGAGAAGGGCAAUUGGCGACGAAGGUGCUCCAGCUGCCGCGGCUGCAGCUGCCGAUGAUGAAGAUGACGGGCCCGAAGAAGCAGGUGGUUACGAGAAGAAGUUCGGUAAUUUCAUCAAGAAGCACUUCAAAGAGUACUUCGCUGGUUAUACGCAGUACACAAGGGCAAUGAAGUUCAGGAAGUGGGCUGAGAGCAUUGAGGGCUUCUGGCCGCAGCUGGUCGAUGACUGGGAGGAGCACGUGAGCUUCGAGAACACGAAGAUGGACUCAGACAAAGUCUUCAUCGUGCUCGAGACCAUCCAGAAGGAAGCCUCACACAAGACAUUGCCAAACUUUUCCAACGAAGUACUCGUUGCCAUGUUCGCUCACGCAGCACCGCGAGAUGAUCACCAGGACUGGGUACUUCUUACAGCCGCUGAUGUCAAGUCACGCCUGCGUCAGUUCCACUUGGACAUGGGUCAGAGCAAGCAGUCCAAGCAGUCGAACGCGAACGUGCCUGAUUCGAAGACGAGGACGAGGUUCGGCGACGACAUCCACAAUGCGAUCAGCAAUGCUAUCCGCGCAGUGUCGGCCGAGGACCUCGACCACGACUUCAUCAUGAAGAUGUACCGCGCUUGCGUUCGCUUUGGCAUGAAGACGCACUCCGAAUCUUCUGUGGCUCUCACGGUUUCUGGAGAGAAGGAGGUGAACUAUAAAAGCUGGGUGAAACUGCGUCGCGACGUUGAGAAAGCCAUCCAGUUGCGCUUCAAUUUGGAGGAUCGUGAGCCUGAGGCUGUUGUAGUUGAGGACGAACCCGAGGACGCUGAAGUAGCUGGAGGCCGCGAGACAGCAGUACCGCAGAAGGAGACAAUGUCUGGUCCAGCUCCGUUUGUUUCGCAAGCAAUGGACUCCGAGUUUACCGAUGUCCACAAGGCGUGCCGGCACCUCGUCAAGGACAUCAUGACUUCCCUCGGCGGCAAUGUUGCUGCUAUUACUUCUUUGCAUAAUCACAUGGCUGAUAAUCCUGCCUCUAUCGACACGGACAUUUUGUCUUUGCGCGUUCACUUUGUGAGGGCGAAGGGCGCUUUGCUGUGUGACCUCAAGAACCCUCUGAUCGUAGACAGCUUGACGGUCAGUCCAACAGCAGAUACUUCAAGUGGCACCACCGCCUGGUUUACCAAUAACCUUAUCGAUGUUUUGCUGAAGCUCGUCAUGAAGAACCUCCCCAUGAAUGUCUUUAAGGUUGCCAGGGCAAUCAUCGAGAUGGACGUCGUGGUGAACGACGUGCAGGAGCUGAAGGAGAAGAUCGGCGAGAAGAUUGGGGUAGUGGAUGACAAACUGGAGCAGCUUGGGGACGUCUGGCCGACAAUCGACAACGUGAGGGCGACGCACAUGUCUCGGUUCGCCUACGUGAGCAUGCUGCUGCUGACCGUCGAGGCGUCUGGGAAGCUCUCAACAACCGCAACGCCAUCGUAUGAAUACUUCUGCAAAGGAAUUGAUUUCUUGAAGAACUUCACAGACUGCCCGUUGCAGCGCGAGCUCGACUGCGACGACGAGGACGUCGGUCAGUUCUGGAAGGUCACGUUCGAGGUCGCUAAUUCAUUCGACGCUUUCGUCACUGCAAAAUCAGAGAACGCUUGGAAAGUGUGGGAAACCACGGAGAAGCACAAGAUGAAGAGCAUGAGCAAGGCAAAUCUGAUUUCAUGUGUGAAGGCUGAAAGUUCCGACCCAGACAACUUUGACGACUCCGACGUGAAUGCCAUGCAGAUCGACGCCUUGCGUGGACAAUUGCUUGGGCCGCGUGAGAGAGUUGCGCGAGAAGCGGACAAAGCUGCUGCCCAGGCGUUUUUGACCGCUGUGGAGAAGAAGUACCUCGAGAAGAAUGGGGCUCCUCUUGAGGUGAAGAGCGAGAGUGUGGAUGAGAAAGGUGAGGGUGCUCUUGUCGAAUGCGGUCCAGCUGUCGAUAUGACGAAGAUCGGCGAUGCGCUUUCGAUCAUGGAACCCUUGGAGAUUGACUCGAAAACGUACAUGAGCAUAUUCAGCCUAUCACGCCUCGCCCCAAACAGAUCAACGUUGGUAAAAGCCCAGCAGGUAUCGUUCGACAUUUCGUGUUUCAUUUCUUCCUUGGGCGACGCUGUUGAGGAUCGGGGGACGUCGCUCAUCAUGAGUACCGAGGCCGCGGUAAAAGGUUCUUCAUUGACUGCCAAACUGUUCAUGAAAAUAGUUCCCUCGGAGCCGACUGGGAUCAAGCUAUUCUUCACGGGAAUGUUCGUGCUCACGCGCACUCUGGAUGAUAUCAAGAAGCCGUUCAUUGACACACUGACGAAGGUUAUCCUUGAUGGUGUGGUGUUCCACGUGUGCGUUGUGCCGCUUCAACCAGCGGCAGGCCUUCGCAGUCCCGCUGCAGUGCCAGCAUGGUUUGCCAAGGUCAACAAGGGUGCAGCGGCGAACACCAUCAUAGGCUUCGACAGAUUUUCAGCUCGGACACGCCACGGCAACAUUGAAGUCAGCGUUCCAUAUCUCGCUGUGGCUGUUGCGGAUUCGCCGGCGGCGCUGGCCAAGACCACCGUGGUGGACUUCAACAGGCCCGCCCAGGCUCACGAGUGCGCGAGUGGCGCUCGAGUGCAGGCGAGCGGAGGCGGCUCUUCGCUUGAUGCAGCCAAGAACGCAUCCCAUAUCUUCGGCUGA